UGACGCUGGCAGAUUCAAAUACUAUCGAAAACACCAGGUCCAAGACAUGGUGUCAGCAAAGAACCAUCUUGGCUGUAUAAAAUGCAAAUUAAAUGGUCACGUAGUAGCGGAUGGACAUGUAACCACCAGACUUUCGAAACCAGGAAACUUCAAAAAGGCUAGUCGAUCAUGCCGAACAUCUCCUUUUUUCUCCGUCCGUUGCGACAUUUCUAGACGACCAAACCUCCCAGAUGCCCGCUCCAAGAUCAUUCUCGAAUUCCCAAAUGACCGAUCCUCAGCAGCACAGUUAACUGUGUCGGAACACUCAAUGCCCGGUUUAUCUCACGGACCUAACCAGUAGGGAAAUGUUGGGCACGGCGGGCACCAUCGGUGUCAUUCUCGUCCCAAUUGUCCUGAUCGCAAUCAUCUUAGCCAUGUGGUACUGUCCCUUCCGGCGCGCGAACCAUUCCGAGCACACCGAAGCAGCCGCUAGCAACGCUGCCAGAGUAGGAGUUACAGCGGGUGGUACGGGCGACACCGCAACGGGCAGUACGCCGGGCGUCGACACCACAGCCAUCCCUUACGUGCCGCCAUCAUACGAGCUUCAGUCCCAUCAGUCGCAUCGGUCUUUCAGGCUUGCUAGAAUCUCGGAGGAGGGAGGCCCCUUUCAUCACCACCACGCGGCGCAUAAGUAACUAUUCGUCCCGUAUGCUCUGCCGUGUUACGAU